UCAAUUCUAAUCAUAAAAUAUCAAUAACAUCAAAAUAUAUUAAAAAUGAAUUCACUUUCAUCUGAGUUUUCAUCACUUCUGUCAAAUGCACUUACCAGUCUAGGACACGAGCGACUAUUCAACAUUGCUUUUGUAUUCACCGUUGAAACUGGAUUUAUUCCGACUUCUUUGGCAGAACAUUUUUUUUCAACUAAUUCAAAUAUUCAAUUAGCUAAAAUGGUAAACACUCAACCACUAAAUUCAUAUUGGCAUAAAAAUCAUAAUAUUUUUCAUGCUGAACUAGUAAUGUCUAAUCAAUUAUGCCAUUUAACUGGUGUUCCUAACAAUGAUUCAUUAAUUAUAACAUUAAGUUAUUUUGAUUUAUCAAAAUGCACAUGUUUCGAAAUUGAUAGAAGUAUUUCCAGUAUAAGCACAGAACUAUUUCAUUUAUCUCUUAAAUAUAAAAAUUUGGUUAGCGUUCCAAUCAAAUGUGCCAUAUUGGAAAUCACUGUUGGUCAAUAUCCUGGUUUGGGCGGAAUACCUGAAGAAUUAAUUUCAUAUAUUAUGACAAAACUAAACACCUCUGAUUUGUAUGCGUUGAUGAGAUGCUGUAAAAAAAUUUAUCAUUCAGUGAUAAGCAAUCAAUUUUUAUGGAAAACAUUAGCCAUUGAGAAUCAUAAAAAGGCAAAACUAUCAACUGAUUUAAUACAACAACCAAUUAUGGAUUGGAGAAUUGUGUAUUAUGAAGUUAAUAGAAUAAAAUCUGGUAGAAGAACAAAUACAAUAAUAAGAGAGUGAUGUAUAUUAUCACCAAUAUUAACACCAAUCAAGAUUUUAAAAUUAAUUGUACAAUUAAUUAAAAAUAUUAAAUUAUAUAUUAUUUUUAUA